AUGGGUCAGUUUCAGAGCGCCGAGGUGUGCACAACACCGGCAUGCAUCCAGGCCGCUUCGCACAUUCUUGAAAACCUGGCACCCAACUGGAAAGACAUGGAUCCCUGCACCGACUUUGAUAAGAUGGUCUGCCACGGGUUCAACCAGUUGCACGACUCGGACAAGGAAGUCAACGGCGUGUUUCUCCAGAACGCGCAUAAGAACAGACUCUUGCGAGAAAUCCUGUCGAAACCUUACGACCAAGCGACAAAGGUGCAGCCCUACGUGCUAAGCCGCCGUGACAAUGUCGACGAACACAACUUUGACAUGGUCCACCGAACAUACGCUGCAUGCAUGGACUCGGACGCCAUCAAAAAGGCUGGCGUCAAACCACUGCUGGAUACCCUCGUCAAAUUCAACGAGUACUGGCCGAUUGAGAUGGACUUUGCCGACGACCUGUUUGAUGAAGAGGACGACAAGGCAGGCCUCGAGGCGGUUGCCACUGCUUUGGCCAAACUCAACAUCCGCACCUGGAAUGGAUCGCCUGAUAACAAGGAAAGCUUCCUCGGCAACUGCUUCCCAGAUCCCACCGACCCGAAAACGCAACGCUUUACGCUCUACUGGCCCGACCUCUCAUUCAAAGGCCUGGCCAACGAGUACGCUGAUCCAAAGGAGACGGCCAAACUCGAAAAGAAAAUUUCUGGAGCUUUCCGUGCCGUGUUCCCAGUCGAUCUCGAUGAUAAGACAGCGGCAAGACUUGCCAAGGACAUUGUAGCCUUUGAGAUCGCUAUUUUGGCGUCCGGGAGUCCCACGGCAGCGGCCAAUUCCAGCGCUGUCGCAGGACUACAUUCAAGAGCCGACCCUACACAGGAUCCCCAGACGGUUUUGUCCAUGUCGCAACUGGCGUCUUUGGCACCAAUGCUCGGUCUUGACGCUUUUGUCCAAGCACUGGUUCCGGAGGGGCACACCCCAGAGACGGUCGUUGUCAGAGCGCCUCACAUGUGGCCCGGGAUUGAGAAAGUCAUCAAACAGCAGCGCAAAGUUGUUGUGCAAUCAUGGCUUCUCUGGAAGAUCAUCAUGGAACUGGGCUCCAAGGUCGAGUCCCAUGAACUUAAAGAUCUGGAGCUCGGUGGAGAGGCAGGGUCCAAUGAAUACACCACAUGCGUCGAUCAUGUCGAUUCUGCCCUCAGGUGGCUUCUGGGUCACUACUUUGUCAAGGCUGCCUACUCGGAUUCAACGCGAUCUACCGCGACAAAGCUGGCUGUGAAUAUUCGUGAGGAGAUGAAGGUGCACGUGGACAAGCUAUCUUGGAUGGGUGAGGAGACAAGGAAGCGGACCAUCAAGAAGUUGGACAACAUGAAGAUCAAUAUUGGUUACCCAGAGCACAGCCCAGACUCGAGAUCCCCGGAUGACCUGGCCGCUUACUACAGCGGUUUGAACAUCACGGAUUCCUUUUUCGACAACGCAAUCGAGGGCAUGCGGUACCAGGUAGUCACUGACUCACGUUUCCUGUCGGAGCCGACGUCGCAGUCUAGGUGGUUCCCGUCCUACACGCACCUGACCAAUGCCGCUUACAGCAGUUUCACCAACAGCUUCUUCAUUCCUGCCGGUAUAUCGCUGGCCCCCCUUUUUCACGUUGACCUCCCUGAGUGGGCGUUGUAUGGAGCCUUGGGAUCCAUCAUUGGUCACGAGAUCACCCACAGCCUCGACAGCAACGGGCGGAAAAGGGACGAGAACGCCCUGGAGACGAACUGGUGGGAUGAGAAGUCGCUCGCGGAAUACGCCGAACGGGAAAGGUGCUUCGUGGACCAGUACAGCAAGUAUGAGCUGGUCGGCCCCGACGGCAAGAAGUACCCCGGCAACGGAAACGUGACCGUGGGCGAGAACAUCUCGGAUGCCGGCGGCCUCGCGGUGGCCUAUGACGCCUGGGUCAAGGAGCGCAAGUCCAUGCCCGAUGUGUGGGACCAGGGACUCCCUGGGCUGGGUGAUUUCACCCACGAGCAACUCUUCUUUAUCAUGUUCGGAAACGCUUGGUGCGAUUCCAGAAGCCCACAGGAAAGGGUAGACAGGUUGCUGAAAGGUGGGGUGCAUGCCCCCGACGUGCACAGGCUCAUGGGCGGCGCGGCCAACUCUCGCGCUUUUAGGGAGGCCUUCAAGUGCCCUGUCAAGGAGCCGGAAUGCGAGUUGUUUUAG